AUGUUCUUUUCAACUUUUAGAAUAAAGCUCUCUUGACAUUCUCUUCAUAUCACUAUGCAUAUAAAACCUCCACUAGGUUUCGUGAUCUCACCAAUCAUUCUGAACUCAAAAAAAUUAAAACCAUCUACAAUUUCUUCCCUUUUUACCUAUUAGUACUUUCUUUCCUUCUCUAACUUUAUUAAUGAGGACUUCUAAGAAAAUGACUAGUUCUUGCAACGAUCAAGAAGUUGAUCAUGAGCUAAGAAGAGGGCCGUGGACACUUGAUGAAGACAAUCUUCUUAUUCACUACAUCACUUGUCAUGGUGAAGGACGUUGGAAUUCGCUAGCAAGAUCUUCAGGAUUGAAGAGAACAGGAAAAAGUUGCAGGCUAAGAUGGUUGAAUUAUCUAAAGCCGGACGUUAAACAUGGAAAUCUUACCCCACAAGAACAACUCUUGAUCCUUGAACUCCAUUCCAAAUGGGGUAAUAGAUGGUCAAAAAUUGCACAACAAUUGCCCGGAAGAACAGAUAAUGAGAUCAAGAAUUAUUGGAGAACAAAGGUACAAAAACAAGCGCGCCAUCUAAAGAUUGACUCUAAUAGCAAGAGAUUUGUUGAGGCGCUUAGACAAUUUUGGCUUCCAAGAUUGCUAGAAAAAAUGGAGCAUAGUACUACUUCACCAUCAUCAUCCACUACUUCUACCACAACUAUGGAAGCUAAUCAAAACAACUUCAUCUCUCAACCACAAGACAAAGAUAUCAUAAUGGAGAGUUCAAUUUCAAGCUCAAGCAUUUGUUCCUCAAAUAAUUCCAAUAGAUUUAUGAUGCCAUAUUUGCCUGAAAAUUCACUUCAAAGCAAUAGUUACCAUGUUGAUAACAAUAGCUACGAUGUGAUGAGUUUCAACCAUUCAAACACGCAAGAAUUGCGAUCAAGUGACGUGUCAACGCUAGAGUUUCAAGCGGCGGAGAUCGAUUGGAUGAGCAAUAACUUGGAGGAUGACACCUUUUGGACCAUGGAUGAGUUGUGGCACUUUAAAAAGUAAUGUACUUUUUAUAUAUGUGUUUCAAUCAACCUAAGGACGAUAGAGAUUAAAACCAAUUGAUGGUUUUCAAGUAUUGUGGGUUAUUAAGAGUAUAUUAAUUAUUACCAUAAGAUAUAAUGAUUAAGAGAGAAAGUUAUUAGAAUGGUCUAGCGCGCUAGUGAUAUAUUAAUUGGUUGUUGACGUGUUUAUGUGUAGAUAGGAGGGGGCCUUGUUAGAAUGUUGUACCCCAAGUGUCAAGCCUUAUGAUGAGUAUGGAAAGGAUAAGCCUAUUAUAAUAUAUAUGCAACCCACCACCCAAUAAGUUAAUAGGUUGCAAGUGAUAUUAAUCACGUUAAUGGAAUCGUUUUACUCUUACCUUUCUUUAA